AUGGACCAUCAAUGGAAUCUAAAUCAAUAUAUAACUUACAUUUUAUUAACACUUGUUUUUCUUUCAUCAUGGACAGAUAUUAAUGGAAUGUAUGCAGAACUGCCACAAGUUAUUUUAACUCAACCUGAAAGUUGGAAAUUAGGUGCAAAUCUAGCGUUAAUUACAAAUUUUGGUAAUAUUUCACCCUUAAUACUUGUUCUUAUUAAAUGUUUGUACCGAAAGCAUACACUUAAUCCAGUACCAAUUAAUUAUAUUGUUAUACUCAUUGGUAUGCUCUCAUGUUUUUUAUUAAUUUUCCUUUGGUCAUAUACAACAGUCAUUGCUAAUGUAAGACGUAGUACAGCAUUAUUAACUCUUGCAUUAUUUCUUUCGUUACUCGAUUGUACAUCAUCAGUUUCAUUUGCUGAUUAUAUACAUCGAUUUCGAAAAGAAUUUACGAGUGCACUUUUCCUUGGUGAAAGUCUUACAUUUACUAUACCAAGUCUAUUGGCAAUUGCACAAGGUAAUGGUCGAAUUCGUUGUGUUCAAACAAUCAGUGGAACAAAUACGACUGAAGCCAUUUAUGAACCUCCACGAUUUUCAGUAUCAAUCUAUUUUUUAUGUUUAUUUAUUCUGUUAACCAUUUCAUUUAUCUCAUUCGUACUUUUACAAUGGACAUCUAUUGCUCGAAAUGCAAAUCAAAUCGUACCGGAAGAAUCAUUGGAAAUAAUGAAUACAAUUGAUAAAAAAGAAAAAUCGUUAACUACGCCAUGCUACAUUCUUCUUUCAUUAGGAUGUGCUUAUAUCAGUUCAAUUGUGUUUGGAAUGAUUCUAUCAAUUUCCGCAUAUGCUUUAAUGCCUUAUGGGCAUAACAUUUUUUAUCUAGGAACAAUUCUUUCACCAUGGAUGUUGACAUUUGUUUGGAUACUUGGUAUAAUAAAACCUAUUUUACCGAAAUGUUUUAUAUUAAUUUUAAUUAUACUUGGAUCAUUUACAUUUGCAUUGAUUAUGUAUGUUUCUUUCAAAAGUCCGUGUCCUCCAUGGGUUGAUACAACUAAGGGAAGUGCUUUAAUUUUAUUUAUAUGGCUUAGUAAUUACAUAUUGUUGGGUUAUCCUCGUUUGAUUAUUGCAAAUUAUAUACGAACAUAUUCUCCUAAUGGAAUGUUUUGGUUUGGUGUUCAAGUACAAUUUGGGGGAUUAGUUGGCUCCAUUAUUUCUUAUCUUUUUAUUGAAACAUUUUCGUUAUUUCGUGAACGAAUACCAUGUGAACAAUAUAAUUGUUAA